UUGUCCACGUUUUGUCCCCGAAUUCAUCAGUGUAGCCAACAAAACGAAGAAAACUACCACCAACAAAAAGUAGGUAUGUAUUAGGUUGGUGCUAGAUGCAGUGUAGUACGCGCGCCCUGACCCGCGCAAAUGAGGUUCGAAGGGAAUUUUCCCGUGUAAUUUUGAAAUAUUUUGUGCUCGACUAACCUCGAAUGAUGUGAUACACAUACAAUUUAAUUGAGGAAUCGGAUUUCGAGAAUAUAUAUAUUACAACGUAUAUUAGACAGGAAUGUUUUAGAAAUUGAAACAUAUUACAUUUAAUUAUGUGCCUGGUCUCACAACACUAACCAAAAACGGACGAGAUUAAGAUGUCAAAAAAAUCAGCUGUACGUAGCAGUAAGCGAAUCCAACCUACAUUGACAAAUUUCUUAACGAAAUUUCCUCAAUCUACACCCAAAGAUGUUAAAUGCAGUAUCCUACCCAACACUGCCAGUAGAAAUGUUAACAAAAAUUAUAAAAAAAAAUCUACUUUUGAGUCAAAUGAUAUUUGGGAUGACAGUGAUACAAGUUUCGAGAUUGAAUCCGAUGCCGAGGAUAAAGACCUGCAAUCGGAAGUAUCGAAAAUUGACAGGAAAGCUUCCAUCGUAUCAUUGAAUGAUUCCUAUGAGUUCCCAGAUCCCAAGUUAAAUAAUUAUACAAUAAAAAGCUGCAAGGAAAAUUCAACGAUCCAAUAUGUCGAUGAUUCUAUGGAGGAACAAGCCAAGAAAGACUUAGAGGCCUAUAAAUUGAGCGAAUUAAAAUUGCCCAGUGUGAAACAAGAAAGUGGUAGCUUAAAAGAAAAUAGCAAAGAGUGUUUAGUAUCAAAAUACUCAAAUGGUGUUGACGAAAACAGUCCCAAGUUCACAAUUGAUGAAACAAAAACAUCAAGUGCUAAUAGUGCAUCUGCAAAUGCAGUAAAACUAGAGGCAGAUCAAAUGAAUAACAUUUCUCUUGAUAAAGAAACUAAGUCAAAUCACUUUGCACCGACGUCAAGUUCUAACAGUCCUGGUAAUGUUAGCAAAACAGUUCCUAGUCUGUCUUUGCAUAAAAAUAUUAGCAUUAAGACUGAACCGGAAUGUGAGACUGUUCCUAUAUCACCAAAACAGCCAAAAUUGAAGUCGCCUUCCCCGGUAAAAAUUAUAGCUGAUUCGGACAGUGAGAGUCGUGAAUCUACAGAUAAACGUUCACCAGUGAAGAGAAAUGAAUGGAAAGGUCCAGAUAUAAAACUAGAUUUAAAACCGUUAGGAUUAGAUGAGAAAUUGGACCCCUGGAUUGAAAUGAUGAAAAAGAAAUCCGCAGUGGCAUCAAUGCCUCCGCAAAAAAAUCAAGUGUUGCAGCGCCAACAGAUCUUUAAAGAAAUAGAACUACAAAUUUUGGAUAAAAUUUCGAUUGCAUUUAACCAAAUUCCAUUGCUGGUACUGGAAAAAUUCCCAGGCUUCAACUUAAAAACCUAUCAAGAUUUAAAAGUCUUGCGUCAGCAUCUUAAAGCAAAAAUACUUCUGAUGCAAAAAAAAUUGGAUCGGCUCAGUCAAGAGGAACAAAAUGCAUCUCUCUCACAUGCAGAUGAAUUUCCGUGCGAUGACCAUUUGUCUGAUUUUUUAUCUCAAGAAUUUGAUGAUUCACCAUCACCAUUGGCUUGUGGUGCAAGUGGUAGCAUUCCAAUAAAAUUCAAGCCAAAAGUAAACACCGUUACAUCACCUCAACCAAAUUACAAGCAAAAACCAAGUACAGUUACAUCAUCAAAUGAACUUUAUGAUUGUACCACCGAAAAAGUAAACUUGCUCAAAGAUGUUCAAUACAAGAAAUCUGUAGACACUGAAUUGUCUUCUCCGCCUGUUACUGUUAAAAAAUCUGCCUUUCAAUUAAAAAAACCUAUAAGAGCAACUAUGCCAUCCGCAGUCACCAAGCACAUUGGAAGUACCUGGGAAAAGCUUCAAGGCAUUUCUAGCCAAGCCAAUUCUGAAAGUAGUAGUGAAACUGACAUCAAGUCUGCAGCGAUUUGCAGCAACUUUUCAAGCAAAAUAAAUGGCAAGACUAGCAGUACAGAAUCCUCAUCACAAAAGUCAAAAUCUUCUACAAAGUCAACGUUCAUGGAUGAUUCAUGGAAUAGGAUGAACGAUAGUUUUAAUUUUCCGACACAGAGUCAUCAUAUGCCUCUAGAUAGAUCGUUGACCGAUGAGCUACUAGAAAUGCCAGCUAUCGAAUUUGAUUCUGAAGCUAGGAAUGCUGCUAGAGAAAAUAGUAAACCAGUAAAUACAAGAUUGUCUAAGCCAACAUCCAUCAACACUGCGAGUGUAAAUCAACCUGCGAAAAGUUCGAACUCUGUGCAGUUAUCUAGCGCAGCAUCCCAGAGUGGAAUAUUUACAGGCGAUUACAAAAACGAUGGAGUCAGUGGCGAAUUCGAUGGUCUGCAGUAUUCACAUUCACGAGAAAUGCUAAAGGUCUUCAGACAAAAAUUUGGAUUACACAGCUUCAGGCCGAACCAACUACAAGCCAUAAAUGCAGCACUUCAAGGGUUCGACUGUUUCAUACUAAUGCCAACUGGCGGUGGCAAAUCUCUGUGUUAUCAAUUGCCUGCCCUUCUUGCACCUGGUAUCACAGUCGUAGUUUCACCAUUAAAAAGUCUAAUUCUCGAUCAAGUUCAGAAACUCAAUUCUCUUGAUAUACCAGCUGCUCACAUAUCUGGUAACUUGACAGAGAAGCAAGCGGAAGAUGUAUAUAGAGAGUUGUCGAAGGCAGGGCCUACACUCAAGCUAUUGUAUGUAACACCAGAAAAAAUUUCCGCAUCUCAGAGAUUCUGUUCAUGUUUGGGCAAGCUUUAUGAACGAAGCUUGUUGUCCAGAUUUGUAAUUGAUGAAGCUCAUUGCGUCAGUCAAUGGGGUCAUGAUUUUAGACCUGAUUAUAAGAAGCUAAAGGUACUGAGAGAAAAUUAUCCCAGAGUACCGACAAUGGCUUUAACUGCAACGGCUACACCAAGAGUGCGCACGGAUAUUUUAUACCAAUUAAACAUGACCCGUCCAAAAUGGUUUAUGUGCAGCUUCAACAGGCCAAAUUUAAAGUAUAGUAUUAUCCCCAAAAAGGGUAAAAACUGCACUGAAGAAGUAAUUGCUAUGAUACAAACAAAGUUCAAAAAACUCUGUGGAAUUGUAUACUGCUUGUCACGUAAGGACUGUGAUAAUCUUGCCGAUGAUAUCAAGAGAAACGGCAUAUCAGCUUUGAGCUACCAUGCCGGACUCACCGAUGCUCAGAGAGCUGCUGUACAAGGAAAAUGGAUUUCUGAUGAGGUUGAUGUUAUUUGUGCAACUAUAGCAUUUGGAAUGGGAAUUGACAAACCAGAUGUGCGAUAUGUAAUACAUGCUGCCUUACCAAAAUCGAUUGAAGGAUACUAUCAGGAAAGUGGACGAGCUGGCCGUGAUGGGGAACCAGCAGAUUGCAUACUGUUUUACAACUAUGCCGACAUGCAUCGUAUAAGAAAGAUGAUCGAAAUGGACGGGGCUUCUCAGGAGGUAAUUAAAACUCACAUGGACAACCUGUACAGGAUGGUUGCGUUUUGUGAGAACACAACAGAUUGUCGGAGAGUACAGCAAUUGAACUAUUUUGGUGAAAUCUUUAAAAAGGAAUUCUGCAUUGCUAAUAAGAAAUCGACGUGUGACAACUGUAGAAACAAGGAUAAAUUCGAAAUGGUCAAUGCAACUGAAGAUGCAAGAGAAAUGGUUAAAGCAGUACUAGAUUUAGGGCAAAGAAAAGGCAUAACGCUCUUACAAAUAACGGAAAUCUUUAAGGGCAGUGAUCUCAAAAAGAUAAGGGAUGCAGGCCACAAUAAACAUCGAAUAUUUGGUCGUGGUAAAAAUUGGAAGAAGAAUGAUAUCGAGCGGCUGCUGCACAAAUUGGUGAUUGAUCAAUAUCUCCAGGAAAACAUGUAUAUCAACAAUGAAAUCACUUGUGCAUAUCUCAAGAUAGGACCGAGAGGACGAGAGCUUUUGACGAAUACAAAUCUCAAGAUACAGUUCCCACUGAGGACAAGCACUAGUAUGACGACGGUGUCCGUGACCUCAUCUGAUGUGACGCCAUCAAACGAAGCGCUGAAGGACUUACAAUCGCGAUGUUAUACCGAGUUAAUGUCAAUUGUACGCGGAAUUGCAGGUGCCUUGGAUGUUUCUGCUGCUUCUAUUAUGAAUAUGAUUGCUGUCAGAGCAAUGAGCCAGCAGCUACCAGACAACGAAGAAGCAAUGUUAAAAAUUCCUCAUGUCACAAAAGCGAAUUAUGAUAAAUAUGGAAAAGCUCUACUCGAUGUAACCCAGAAAUAUGCUGCCGAAAAGUGUGUUUUGCUGAGUGAAGCCUCAAGCCACGAUAACAUUUACAAUGAUGAAAAUGAUGAGGGUGCUACAUGGUUGUCUACAGUAUCUAGUCCAGCCUUUACAAGUAGCACUAGUAGCAGAGGUCGAGGAACAAAAAGAAGAGGACGAGGUGGCGUUUCUAGCAGAGCAAAGAGAUUCAAACGUGGAGCAUCAAACUCGGAAUCUCAACAAUCCACUGCGCGAAGCAAACGUGGUUCGGGAACAACACGUGGCUCAGGGUCAUAUCGCGGAGCUGGAAUGAGCCGUGGUCCAGGAUUUCUAGAACCAGGACAAAAGCAGGCCUUUACCAGGGACAGUAGUAGAUUCGUGAAUCUUGGUUUAUAGUAUCCUCAAAUUUGAUGACUCAGGUAUUGAGAG